UUCUGCAUAGAAAAAAUUUAGCUAAUUAUAUCAGCAAAACAGAAGGUAUUUCGAUUCUUUAGGCGACUAGCGACACCCGGAUUGAACAACCUCGGAAGUUCCUCCAGACCAGAAGGACUCUUUGGAAGUUCCUCUUGACAUUUUUAACAAAGUAAAUUGCUAGAUAUACAUACCUUUCUGUCAAUGGCUGGCAGCGGUCAAUUAACUAGCUAGUAAUUAAGAUUUUUCAUAUGUACAAAGCCGAAAUCCACCCUUUCGUGUUAUAUACAAGACGAUACCUCAUAUGCAACUCCAUCUCAUACCAUUUUUCUUGUUCUUUCUCUCGUGCAAUGACUCCAAAGUGCGGCACACACUGCGUCUACUUCGUCGGGCAGGCCUUCCUUUGCCUGUGCCUAACCACAUUCAUAUUCUGGUUGAUCUUCCUUCCCAAAGAGCCUAAAUUCACCGUCUCCGAUGCCUCUCUAAGCCGAUUCAACUUCACCAACACCGACAACACUCUCUACUACAAUCUCGCACUCAACGUCACCAUCCGAAACCCCAACAAAAGGGUUGGCAUAUACUACCGCCGCAUCCAAGUCUUUGCCAACUACAGAAAAAAGAGGUUUGCUAAUGUGACCUUGCCUUUGGAGCCAUUUUACCAAGGCCGCAAGAACACGACCACUUUAAACCAUGUACUCGUUGAAGGUCAGCAGUUGGUGGCAUUUGGGGAACACGACCUUUCUCAGUUUAACUCGGAGACUGCUGCCGGUGUUUACAGUAUUGAUGUGGAGAUUUAUCUUCGGGUAAAAGCCAGGUACGGCAAGGUCAAGACAUCAGAUUACGGUUCUAGCAACAUCGACUGCAAGCUGAAGGUUCCUGUGAGUUCUAACAACACAUCCGUGAGUGGUUUCAAUCCCACAAAGUGCAGGAAUGUUCAUGUCCUUCGCGAAUCCUAGAGACAAGCCACGGAUUUGCGAUUUUUGAUCCAAAAAAUAUGACCCUUUUUCAACAAACUCAUCCCUGAUGUAUCAAAUUGUCGUUGAUAAAUUCUUGUAUGAUUAAUUGUGAUAAUUUUUUAACUCAGCAGCUUCCUCUAGAAUUGCUUCUAAGUGCAUUUUCAUGAAGCACUUGAUUUUUUAGAAACUUAAAAACAAAUGUGCUUCUAACAAAAGCAACUCCAGCAAAAGUACUUCCGAGCAUUACUUCCUAAAUAAGCUCUCAAAAGGCCCGUGGCUACAUUUAUGCAAUUUUUCAAACUACGGAAAGAGGCUUCAAACUUGAUUGUAGAAGGGAAGAACACCGCUCUAACCGACUUGACUACACAGAUUCGCAACAAAUGGAAACAAGUUAAGGGGCUGGAAACUAGUUCCAAUCAGUAACUUUGGAAAUUCCCCCUAACCCAAAAAAGUUCCUUGGAAGUUCCACUAUUUAAUCAUUUAAAUUACACAAAGCCAAAAACUACCCUUUAUUGUGCUGUAUACUUUUCCAUCUCUCACUGCACUUGCUUCUUUUUUCUCUCAGCCAUGUAUGGAGGAGGUUGUGCAACACCUUUCUCUGCCUAACCCAUUAUCUGCUACAUCUUAACUUCCGAUGAGCCCAAAGUCACCAUCACCACCGCCUCUCUGACCCAAUUCAGCUCCACCGACACCGACACCAGAAACAUUACUCUCAACUACAACCUUGCACUCAAGUCAUUGCUAACUAUAGAAAAGAACAGGUUUGCUAUAGUGAAUUUAACUUUGGCACCAUUUUACCAAGGCCACCAGAACACGAGCAUUUUGUAUGCAGUUCUUUAAGGGCAGCGGUUGGUGGUGUUUGAGGAAAGUGACUUUUCCCAGUUUAAUUUGGAAACUCUACAGGCGUUUAUAGUAUCGGUGUGCAGCUUGCUCUUCGGGAAAGAGCUGGGUAAAUGAAUUCCAAGACAACCAGGUACCCAUCUAGCAGAAUAGACUGCAAGCUGCAGGUUCCUUUAAGUCCUAAUGAAACAUCCGCUUGUGCUUUUUCAAGGCCACAAUGUGCAGGAAUGUUCAUAUCUUAACAGAUCCUGUAGACUACACAGAGCCCUGAGAUGUACGGUACAGUGCAAAAAAUCAAAAUAACAGGACGCGUUUUAACGUAGUCGUACAGAGAAGUAAAAGAAACAUGUAAAGAUCUAAGUGCAGAGCGGAAUAUGUAAUGGCGGUGAAGCCUCACUAGGGCUCUAAGUGCAGAGAGGAACACUCAGUUGCUGCAGGUGGGAGAAGCCGCCACAGGUUCUUUUAACCUAAAUACUGAUGGGCGGUCGACGAAAGUUGGGGCUACAGUUCGAAAUGAAUAUAACAU